AUGUCGAAGCGCAGGCGUAACAAUUGUCAAUCGGUUGACGAUUUGCGAAAAGAUGUCAACGAGGAACUACAUCAAGAAUAUUGCAACCAUGAUCUCGUGAGCUACAAUAAGCCAGUAAAAGUUCAGGUACACGAUCUUUCUGGAACUACCGAUGGAGUGAAUGUUUCGCUUAGAUGCAAUCGCUGUAAUUUGCUUUAUGGAUAUUCCAAGUACGGUAAUGGGAAAGAUGGCUGGAUGUUAUAUCCCGAGCAAAGAAAAAUGAUCGAGGCUACGGAUGUCUGUUUUGUUGAUUCAACUUUGCUUCAGUGGCAGCUGUCACUCGCUUGUCAUUCGUGGGUAUCAUUUAACGGUUUUUUUGAAGCGUUUAAUGAAGUAUACAAUGGCAAUUUUGGAGAGAAACAAGUUGCUGCUUCAUUUUGGGUCGGCGAGAUGGAGAAUGAGUUGAGGGAAUUGGGGCAACUGGACUUUUUUGGUUUGCUUAAAGAAGAUGGGGACUCUUCUAGGGUUCUAGAACAAAUAGACAAAAUUAGGGCGAGAAGUUUGUACGAGCAUACAUCAGACGAUUGUUCUGAUACUUGCAAAGAGCGCGGAUGUGGAAGGCUAUGGGUUGCCGAUGGAAUAUGGAAAUUAAUGUUUCCUCAUUGCAUGAUGCUUAGAAAGAAUUUUGUAAAAGGUAUUCCAUUGCUGAACUAUCCCAAUGUAUGCACUGAGUGGCCUCAGCAUGGAAAGGCAUUCUGCGAACAGCAUGUGCAAUAUUUGGAAAAAAACUUCCCUAAUGUACCCACUAGUGUGCGUGGAUUUUUAAGAUAUUGUGGUGUGAAGCCAAGUAACAUAGCCUUAAGUCCCGUGUUGAGAAAAGGUUUGUUAUGUUUAAUGAGUAGUGCUUCAAGAAAAGCAAGAAUGUGGUAG